AUGUCUUCUGGGGUACAGUUGAAAUCUCGAACUGUGGCAGCUGGGUCGACUAAUACUCGUGAAAUCAAUGACAGCAACUUAGUGUUUGACAGUAACGGAAAUUUGGUUUUUAGGAAAAACGAGCAAAUAGUAACCCGAGCACACUCGGCUUUACCAGCUAACGUACGACCAGUGGCAACAGCUCGUUCAUCGAGUCCUGUGGAUGUCAGCGCUGCAUCCGGCAUUGAGCCGGAUUUGGUUGCUAAGGACAGGUAUGACCCAGCAAGUAAAUGCUUUUCUUAUGUGCCGGCGAGAGCUUUGAACGAACAUUUCACUACACCGCGUAAGCCCGUGCAGUGGAUACGGGUUGAAGAACCUCGAGAAAAAGUUCUUGACGUAGCCCCAUCACCAUCUGAAAUUGCGUCAGUUCCAGUUGUGUCGACAGAACUGGUACGACGGGCAGAUACACCAAAAUGGGACGAUGAAAUAGAUAAGGUGUUAAUCCAAUAUCAAUUAUAG